AUGACCGUGGACAACGGCAUGGCGAUGGGCAUGGGCAUGGGCAUGCCGACAGCUGCUUCGAUGCUCAGCAUGGAGGCCAUCGGGCAGGGAGCAAGCGGGGCGGUGGGCGGCGAGCUUUGUGGGAAGCCGUACCGAUGGGACCAGCGGCUGUUUGCGGUCAUCCUGGGGGGAGCGGGAGGGGGCGGCGAAGGGGGCACGGGGAUGGGAGUUGGUCGGGUGGAUGGGGGUAGAGUGCCGGCGGAGACGGUCAUGGCGUUGAGGAGCGUGUGCGAAGAGACUGGCGGGUGCCUAGCGACCUGGGACGCGGAGGAUGGUCCAAAGCACAAAACCCUGGCUAGUCACGUCAACGAUCUGCUCGGAAACGUGCACAAGAAGGGUCCUGUGGUGAUGUUUCGCGCGGACGAUUCCCUGGGCGGCGGGGGGGGGCUCGCGGAUGAGUACGACGACGAUUUGGACGGGGGCUUCAACGCGAUACACAGGCCUCCGGUGGCGAGAGCCGGCCUCAGCAUGCGGAGUGGCGCUACGUGCAGCUUCUGGCCAAUACCGGAACCGUUUUGGGUGGACCGUACGGUGGACCCUCUUCCGCCACGGCGAGAGGCCCAACCGGAGCUGGUGUUCCGCAAAACCGGUUCGGCGGCGGCGGCAGCGGCGGGUACAGCGACAACGUCGCUAAGGGGGGAUCUCACGCACCCCCGCGAGAACGAUGGCCUGGUCCAAGACUCUUCGAAUGAUGACGUACCGCGAACGGACCGGACCAUUCCGGGAUUCGCAGCGUCGGUGUGGAGCGAGCGGCUGAUCCCGGACAAGGCGACUGUGCUGUUGGAGAAGCUAGGGGUCGGUGUAGACCAGUACGAGCUGGAAUGGUGCGGGUCAGGAACGCGUUUGGACAUCCCGCGGUCGGAGACGUGGCAGCUCUUCGUCAAGGAUACGAGCCAGCCUCCCUCUCCUGAUUCCACGCCCCCCCCUGCCUUCGGGUAUCUGAGGGCCAGCCUAACGACGGGUCGACCGUUGAUGAUGGUGCUGCCCUACAACUACGAAGUUCUCAUCCCCCUGCUGCAAGCGGUGCAGCAGGCGACGCAAAGCACGGCACCCCCCGCCGCGGGGUCACCGUGGGCCAGGGAUUUCAUGGCGUACAUCAAGGGUGUGCCCACGUACUACCUUCCGUCUCUUCAACGAGUGCUGCAGGUCAGCAAGAAGUUGUUUCAUGUGCUUGAGCUGUGACCGGUUGUGCCGCAUUCAGUGUUGAAGGACUCACCCAAGAGCCACCUUGAGUGUGUGUUUGCCUUUGUGUCCUUUAGAUCUACAUUACAUGUGUGCGAUGGUCCAAAGCGGUAUUACACUAUUACAGUAUACAGUAUUACAGUUAGGGGUGUCAAAGCGGAAAAUUUCCUGUAGGAAAAAAAUCGAAAAAGCGUCCUCGGAUCUUGCUUAUGGAAAAUCGACCAACCAAUGAAAUUGCACGGAACCGUCGGAACCUCCCGAAAAGACCCUCUGACGCACACGCGCGAGGGCGCGGCUCGCCUGUGUGCUUUGCGCCCUGCUAUAGGGCACAGCACAACACCAUUGCGCGGUCCCACUCUAGAACACAUGCCUCAUGACACACCCGAGCAGCAGCCGGGCGGUGAAGCCACGCAGACACCUGCCGCCGCCGCUGCUGCUGCUGAAAAAAACAGCAGCAGCAGCAGCAGCAGCAGCAGCGGCGGCGGCGGCGGCAGCGAGGUUGAGCCUGGCUCUCUUCCACAAUUUUCUUACUUUUGACCAACUCCUCCUUCGUUUCCUCCAGCGUUCUCUCUACGACGGUGAGGCUGCCGCGUUCGAUAGCGCGCCGCGUGUUAUCUUCUGCUGACGCGGCAACCAUACACUGCCCCGUCCUCUCUUCAAACUUUGUUUUGUGUUGAUUCAGCUUUCGCGCAGCGCGCCUCCUGCUGCCGAACGGCGCGGACCUCGAUUUUUUGUUUUGGGAGGGUCUGCUGGUAUGGGCGCUGCAGCCCCACUGGAGGGGCCGUUUUCAGACAUGUAGAUCUCGUGGUUGGCUGAUGCGAUUCGGAUGCGGUUUGUUGUGUGGUAUAGCUGUAAACCCAAGGUAGAGGGCUGUAAGCUCGCUUUUUCGAGAGGAGCAACGGUCGCCUUGGGCGUGGAGCAAAGAGCCCAAAAAACCAUGUUUUUUGGUGUUGUUCGUCCGCCCUUUAACUUUAAGAGAAAACCGAGCUUACAGUCACCUCUAUUGGACCUGUGUCCAGGUGUGUGUAACGCAUGAAGAGCCAUGUUGCUGUCUUGACGCAGAGCUGCCUGUACAAACAAAUUGACUUGAU